UUAAUUAUUAAAUUUUCAAUUCUUUAUCUUUCUUUAUUUGAAUGUACUUUCGAUUUUUUUAAAUAAAAAGUUUUGUAGAUUUCAAAGUGUAACUAUGUACGUAUAUAUAUUCAUCCCAAUAUUUAACGAAACCAAAACCGAACCAUACUGGAUCGAUACUUCAAGAUUGGGAUCGGUACAAUGUACAAUCUCAUACCAAUAUCAUACCGAACCAAAAUAUUUGGUACGGUAUCAGUACGAACCAAAUAUCGUACCAUACCGUAGCUGUAACACCCCAACCCGCGUAACCCGAACCAACGGAUUAGCGAACCAGGUUGUUACUAAGUUGGUAUUCGUAUGCAUAAUUUUUUUAAAUUAAACAAUUAAAUAAAUUGCAAAAUUUCAUCCAAAGGGUUUAAAGCUACACCAAAAUUAAUCGGAGUAAUAAAACAAGUUCAAACGUCGCGGAAGCAUAAGAAAAACCAAAUAUUAUCUAACAGUCUGUUUAAUCAAAUAAAAUAUAGUUCAAUUAUUAAAAGUAAACGGGAGCCAUCCACGCCACAUCACCACUUCACUGCCCUUCGGGUUGCCCAUCCAAACCCAUGUUUCUAACUGCGUGCAGUCAAACAACAACGACUACACGCUCAGCGAAACGCUGAGUGAAAAUAUACCUAAGCCAGCAUUAACUCACAGAACAGCACCACGUUAACAUACAAUUAAACAACAUGUGGUCAUGGAGAAAAACAGCUUAAAAAAACAUAUUUAUAUUAGCACCUUCCACUUGAACAUCAUAUCAUUAUUUUAUUUCAUAUCAACUAGCUAUGAGUCAUGGCACCUCAAGCGAUGCUAUAAAAGGGCUAGCUCAGAAGCCCAAAGGAGAUUCACUUUGGGCGGGUUGAAGCCCAUGUCCCUACGAUGCCAGGACAGGUCGCGGACUUCUGUACGUACGUUUUUAACCCAAGACCACCGGGGGUGCGACGACGCCCCGCAAUGGCCAAUUUCCUAACCACAUCCUAUUGGUGAUUCAAUCAGUCAAUCCAAUUAAAGUCCACCUAAUUAUACUAGGUCACCUAUUUCUCAUAUAUUAUUCGUAAUCUAAAAUAUUCACCAAUAAGAUCAGUUUAAUUAAAAUCUCAGUUCACAAUUCACAACAAAUCACGUAGCGAAAUAUCCUGGUCGAAGACCCACGACUACCGUCAUGCAUAAUCAACAAACCCAAAUUACAAUUAACCCAACUUACAUGCGCGGAAUCGAGCCCAAGGAAUCGAUCCUCAAGCCCGCUGCCCCCGCCGGAGCAGUCCCAUUGUCACCAAACCAACCCCGGCACCACCACCGGUAGCCGACCCAGCUGCCUGAGCCCGUAGUCCGACCAAACAGCCAUAUUGGGUGAUUCACAGCAACCCGAACAAUCCCAAACAGCCCCAAUUGCAUCAAUUUGAGUCCAAACAGUCCCGAUUACACCCAAUUGCACCCGAACGGACCCGAUUGAACCCAAUUAGACCCAAAUUGAAUCCAAUGGGAACUAAUUGGACCCAAUUGGAUCCCAUACAGCCAACCCAAGCCACUGUCGGAGCCUUGACCGGACUGCCGACGUCCGCCGCCGGCGUCUCCCCGAAAUCCGGCGGUGUUCAACCCCCAAUUUCUUCAAACCCAACCAAAUGCAUCAAUAAACAAUCAAAUUCACAAUCAAUUACGAAAUUAUACGUUAAGGAAGUUCUAAUCUAUGAAUUAACCCUAACGGAAGGUAUAGAAACCACAAAUCACCUCGAAAAUAGACGAAUUCAACUUGAAUCAAAAGAAAUAGGCCGCUGCAAUUUUCCCCUUGUUUCGCGGGCCUGCUAUGCGCGAUGGAGGGACGGGACAGGGACGUCAGUUGGAACCGCUGGUGUGGACGGCGAGUCACGGCGGCGCUGCGGCCCUGAUCGACGGAGACGAGCGGACAGCGUCCCUGUUUCAGCGACCAGACGAACAGCAACAGAGAGAGAGAGAGAGAUGGACGGCGGCGAUUGGCGAUCCUCGACGGCGUCUCCGAUCGGCGAACAGAGCAGGAGGAGCGGACGAACGAGAGAGAGAGAUGGAGACGGCCGUCGCCCUGGCGCUGCGGGAAGGACAACGGAUUGAGAAAAAAAAUGCAUGUCCCACU